AAAGAAGAAGAAACUUAAUUCCCAAGUAAUUGUUAAGACACAAUACUCAUAGAUGGCAUCUUCAAGUGUCUUUAUCACUGUCUUAAUUUCCUUGGUUCCAGUCUUCCUCCAACCAGGUCUUGCUCAAGGUCAGAGUCCUCCAGCUUCUUGUGCUUCUCUUCUGCUAGCUCUGGCUCCAUGUGGUCCAUUCGUGCAGGGAUUUGUCCAGUUCCCGGCUCAGCCAUGCUGCAGCAGCCUGAGCCAGAUCUACAGCCAACAGCCGACCUGCCUCUGUCUCUUCCUCAACAACAACUCCACUCUAUCAUCUGCUUUUCCCAUCAAUCAAACCCUCGCGCUGAAACUGCCCCAGCUUUGUAGCAUCCCAGCUAAUUCAUCUGUUUGCUCCUCAGGAGCUUCCACUGCUUCUCCACCAUCUACUAACUCAACCGGCUCUCAAGUAUCUAUGGGUGCAAAGAACAAUUCUGUUGCUGCAGCAACUCCAGUGGCUCAAGUGGCACCAAAACCAAGCAAUAUGAUGGGAUUAGGUGAUGGUCUUAGAUCAUCUGGUCCAACGUUUAAGAUUCAGGUGACAAUCUUUGUGAUCGCUGCAAUUCUAGCCGGCACACUCUUCCUCGUCUAACUUCAUCUGCGUAAUAACCACAAUGAUCUUCCGCCAAGUUUACACUAUCCUCUUUUUUGCUUUUCUUACUCAACUCGGGGCAACUACAAAAUUUCUAUAACGUGGCGAAUGAAGUCAUUGUAAUGUUUCUUGGGACCAAAACAGAACAAAGAAACAAAUGUCUCUUUCAAAGUUUCAAUGCCCUUGUUACCGUCUUUGUUUGGUAAAGUGUACCACACGUACUUGCUUAAGAGAGACCUUGUAAAACAAUUGUCCAACCUUCAAAAAAUAACAAUCAGAAAGGGUCAAGUUACAAGUGAUGUCCCUUGUCAAACAUUAAAAGCGUAUUUAACAACAAAAACAAAAUGAAAUGAAAGAUUCACAUUUCGAGAAAAAAAUCAUUAAAAGAUGUGGACACGUUUAAGAGACUGGAAAUAGCAAGUUUCCCCAAGCAGGACGUACCUGCCGUUGGAGUUAACGGUUUUAAUGGAUGGAGUAUACCGUUCCAGUCAACUAUCUCACAGCUAACCUGCAAGUCAACUCUGGUGGAGAAGGACUGAAAACUAAAUAAAUCCAUCUAAGUUAUAAUUAAAUCUAAAAUCCCAAAAAACUUUUGAAAUUCUCAAUCCAAUAAGAGUUUAACCGACAUUAACAAAUCGAAUUGAAUAAUCCGAAUAGAUGGUCUGUAACAUACAUGUCAAAAUGUUAAGAAAUUCAUUCAGUUUUGUAUAAUAAAAGUUUGGCAUGCACAUUUGUAAAUGAACCUAAAAUCCAGACUGAAAAAUCUUAAUCCGCACUCUUUUUUUUUUGGGUAACUCUUAAUCCGCACUCAUCUGUAGAAUAAUGAAAAAUGUAAAGCUGUAUUUUUGGGCUAUGAAUAUUAUCUGAAUGAUAUCUAAAGAAAACCUAAAACUUGAAAAAAUCAAUUUGAAAAUUGGCCCUAAUAUCUAAACAAAUAUUCAAAACAUAAAUAACUAUCUAAAAACGUCAUAAUUUUUGUUAUGAUAUUCGAUUUAUUUGAAUUAAAAUAUUAUUAAAUAAAUUUAAAAUGAAUUUGAAUCCAAAAAUAAAUGUUAACAUAGUUAUAAAUUUAAAUUGUUGUCCAAAAAAAGUUAUAAAUUUAAAUAAAUCCUAAUUAAUUUACAAAAAAAAAACUCGGCCUGGACAUAUCCGAAUUAGAAAAAUGUAAAUAGGCAUAUCUGUAAUAAACAGAAAUAUAAUGGUUUUGUUUAGGUGAGAUUUAAAAUGAAAACCCGACCUGGCCGGACUCGACCCGAUCCGACCCGGUGUAUAAUAAAACGAUCGGAGGAGAAAGAGGGAUACUCGCGCGUCUUCCUACAUUCGCGCUACAGCAACAAGAACAACAAAAAUAGAGUCACAAAACUCUUUGACGUGACUAAUCAAUCCAUGCCACGUUUCCUUCUCCGUCUCUAUGUUUUCUCGCAGGUUAGACUUCCCCCUUUCCCGACAAAGACAUCUCCUCAGAAAAAAAAUUGCUUCUUUUUUUUUCCUUGCCAUGAUCCGAUUUUCUGAUCGUGAAUUUCUUUCUACUUAUGUGUGUGUUUUGACUUAGUUUCCUCAAUGCCGUUCUUCUCGUGUUGCACCAAAGCGAGUCUCUGCUACUCUCCAGGUAGGUUCGUCUCUAACAGCUGUUUUCUUCUUUUUUAUUCGCAUUGUCGCAACUUGGAACAUGGUGGUUAUACGUCAUUUUAUUUCUCCAGAGAUUUGAUUAGUAAUUAGAUCAGACUUCAUUGCUUUAGAUCAUUUUCGAGAUUUAAUUUACAGAUUGAAAAACGAAUAGAUAGAGCUUAAAGUACAAUAUCGAUCGGUUGAUAUGCGAUCCUGGUGAUUAGACGUUACACAUAGUAAGCUAGAUCGAGCUUUAACAUUAAAUGAAUAAUGAUGCUAAGCACGUAAUGUGGUCUUAAUGGCUCAAUUAACUAUGAAACACAAUGGAUUGUUUCAGGCGUUGUUGAUAGAGAAUGAAGGAUCGUUCAUAAGUUUGGUUUCGACCCAUCCAUGCGAUUGAUGAUGAAUUCUCUCACUGAUCAAUCAGGCAGCUCUCGUGGAGACUCCACUCCUCGUAGUCCCUUCUCUCCAUCUUCUCCUUAUGAAAGGCGCAAAGCUUAUGCGGCGGAUUCCAAGUUUCAACGUCCCCAAGCCACUUCUUCUUCUUCCCCACUGGGUACUUUUAUUUUUAUUUUAUUUUUUCUCUUCACAUAUAUAUAGUUAUUCUUUAAUGGUUUAUUUUUUUUAACCACAGAUCCAUCAUCCCCUGCAUCAAUGCUCCAUGGAGGCCACAAGUUCCACGAGACUUUCCAAAUGAAACAAGGCCGUUUUGAUCUCCAAGCCGCAAAGAUCUCGGAGAUGAUGAAAUCUAAUAAUUUAGAUGUAUUUUUUCUGCAUUUCCUAGACUCUGGUUUUGUUCUUUUGUAAUAGUAGUUUCUUUUCAAACUCAUUUGGAUGCAGAAUGCUCCCACGCAGUCACUUUUAAGUAUUGCAACUGGAAUCCUUGAUGACAGUAUUGAGAGAAACAAUGGUGAAGUCCCUCAGGUA